UCCAGAGGGACACUUCCCACUGCAGAAACAGUAGCAUAAUGCAGCGGUACUUGGCCUUUGCAGUGAUUACCUGCUGCUUGCUAUGCUUGUCCCUUGAUGCCUUCCAAAGGAUUCCACUCAAGAAAAUGCCCUCAAUCCGAGAAACCCUGCAGAAGAUGGGCAUGAAAGUGUCAGAUGUUUUUCCUUCCUUGAAGCAUAGUAUAUACUACCUUGGUGAUGGGCAUCACAAUGGAACAGCACCUACCAUCCUCACAAACUACCUGGAUAUGCAGUAUUAUGGUGAAAUCAGUAUUGGGACUCCAGACCAGAUCUUCAAAGUUGUCUUUGACACAGGAUCAUCCAACCUUUGGGUACCUUCUGAACAAUGUUCUCCACUGUUUAGUGCCUGUGUUUCACAUAACCGCUACGAUUCCUCCAAAUCGAGUACAUACAAGCCAAAUGGGACUGAAAUUGCAAUGCAAUAUGCCCAAGGAUACAUCAAGGGUUUCCUUAGUCAGGACAUUGUCAGAGUUUCUGAUAUUCCUGUCAUCCAGGUGUUUGCAGAAGCUGUGGCACUACCUAACAAACCUUUCAUCUAUGCCAGAUUUGAUGGGGUACUUGGCAUGGGCUAUCCCAGCCAAGCCAUAGAUGGUGUUAUCCCAGUGUUUGACAAAAUAAUAUCUGAGAAGGUCCUGUCGGCAAAAGUGUUCUCUGUCUACUACAGUAGAAACUCUGAGCUGAACACUGGGGGAGAGAUUAUCCUAGGCGGCAGCGACCCUUCUUACUACACUGGAGACUUCCACUAUGUCAGCAUUAGCAGGGAAGGCUACUGGCACAUUGCUCUUAAAGGGGUGUCUGUGGGAGGUGAGAUGCUGUUCUGUCAUGAAGGUUGCACGGCAGCUGUAGAUACCGGAUCUUCCUUUAUUACAGGACCAGCUAGUGCGGUGUCUGUUCUGAUGAAAGUAAUAGGGGCUACUUUGCUUGAAGAAAGAGACUAUGUUGUUGAAUGCAAGAAAAUCCAUUUGCUGCCUGAUAUUUCAUUCCAUCUUGGAGACAGAUCAUACACACUCAGCGGCCCUGCCUAUGUCCUCCAGCAUUCCGAGUACGGGAAAGAGCUUUGUGUUGUGGCGUUCUCGGCUUUCGACAUUCCACCUCCACUGGGACCUCUUUGGCUUCUGGGUGCUACUUUCAUCGGGCAGUACUACACUGAAUUUGACCGGCAGAACAACCGGAUUGGCUUUGCUAUAUCCCUUUGACACCAGGAGACUCCUGUUCUAGAGAAUACUAAAUAUUGAGGAGAGACUAUUUAAACUGUGAAACUGAAUAGCAUAAUAAUAAUAUAUUAUU